CUCCCCUCACCUUGAGCUACUGCCCCUACGUAAGUUCUUAUCGCUAUCGUUAUCGCAAUUGUACAUGCUCGGCUUCCAUACCCGACGGAUCGAACCACCACUUACACCUUGACAACCACCCAAGCUCUGGAGGAAUUGCGUGUUCCUCGUCCAUCCAAUUCCCUGAUUCAACACUAAGGUUUCUUCCUAGGUGUUCGAAUCCCGUUUCGAAAUGGAAGCGACGGCCCUCAGACGCUCCGCAGCCCUCGUAGCUCGCGCCAGCAGCCAGAAUGCGAUCCGGCCUGCCGUAUGCGCCGCGAUCAGCAGCACAUCAUCAACACCACAGACCCCGAUCCAGACACAACAAACCAGACAAUUCUCCGCCCUCAACCGCCCACCACCAAACUACCCCGGCCAUGUCCCUCUCACCCGCCUCGAGCGCCUCGGCCUCUUCGUCGGCUCAGGCCUCAUCUCCCUCGCCGAUCCCCGGCGCGGCGACCUAAUAGCCUCCUUCGCCGAAGCCACCGCAACGCCCUACUUCAUCUACCGCCUCCGCGACGCCAUGCUCGCCCACCCCACGGGGCGCCGCAUCCUGCGCCAGCGACCGCGCAUCACCUCCCAGUCUCUCAACAUCCCCUACCUGCGCUCGCUGCCUCCCAACACCGUCGGACGGACUUACAUCGACUGGCUCGACCGCGAAGGCGUCUCGCCCGACACGCGCUCGGCGGUGCGGUACAUCGACGACGAGGAGUGCGCCUACGUGAUGCAGCGGUACCGCGAGUGCCACGAUUUUUACCACGCUUUGACCGGGUUGCCGAUCGUCAGGGAGGGCGAGGUGGCGCUGAAGGCGUUCGAGUUUGCGAAUACGUUGUUGCCGAUGACGGGGUUCAGCGUGUUUGCGGCGUUCACGAUGAAGAAGAGCGAGCAGAAGCGGUUUAGGAAAAUUUACUUCCCCUGGGCGGUCAAGAACGGACUCCGGGCGAAGGAGGUGAUUAAUGUGUUUUGGGAGGAGGAGUUGGAGCGGGAUGUGGAUGAUUUGAGGAGGGAGUUGGGGGUGGAGCCGCCGCCGGAUUUGAGAGAGAUUAGGAGGAGAGAGAGGGAGGAGAAAAGGAGGAGGAAGGAGAUGGAGCGGAUGAUGAGCGGGCGCGGGCUGGAGGAUGAUGUCCUUCAGAAAGCGGAGAAGGAGGCUGAAGUGGUGGCAGAGAAGGUGAAGGAGAUGAAGGAUGAGGUGGUUGAGAAGGUUGGGGAGGUUGUUGGGUCUUCGUCUAUGAGAGUAUAGACGGAUCUUGUUGCAUGAUGGGGGGACGGACUCGUCCCCCUUAUGAAACUAAUGUAGAACGUACUGUAUUCGUACUCCCAGGGACAUCGUUACCACGCCCCUUUCACUCCACCACUUUCAUGUUCCCGGAGUUGGACUUGGACUACCGUCCUUUUUGUCAUUCAUAACAAACCAAUAAUGCCAUUAAAAAUCCGUUAGGACCGUAAACCUUCCUGAUCUCUCCCUCAUUCCAGAGGCAGCUACCCCUUUGCUUCAGCUUCAAACCCGCAAUAACCACCUCCCAACCUCUGGGAACUUCCACCCCCUACAAAUCAAACAAAUCAUCAUCAUCAUCAUCCAACCCCCACCCCUUCCUCCUCGUCACCACAAUCUUCUCCGCCUCCUUGUUGUCCGCCACGGCGUUCAGCAGCUCCUUGAGCUGCUCCUCCGUGACUUUCG